GAUUUUAAAAAUCAACAUUAGCUCUGAGGAAUUGUAUAUUUUUAGAUUUCUUGCAACCUAUCAAAAUUUAAAGCUUUUUUAAGAGUGUCACCUUUUUAGAAAUGGUCGAUUCGUACAUGGCAAAACUGAGAAGUUCAUAAAAAGAAACAAAAGAUUAAAAAAUGUCGAAGGCUAAAGUUUUCGUUGAUGGAAAAAUAGCUGGGAAGAAGGUAGUUGUCUUUUCAAAAUCCUACUGUCCUUACUGUAAAAAGGCAAAAGCUACGUUGAAGAAAUAUAUUGGUGAGGAUGAAAAAGACAUCAUUGAAAUCGACAACGAUCCUGACUGUGACGCAAUCCAACAGUAUCUUGGAAAGUUAACAGGAGCAAAAUCGGUUCCCAGAAUAUUUGUCAAUGGUAAAAGCAUUGGUGGCAAUGAUCAACUUGAAGAGUUGGAACGGAAAAAGGAGCUGGCAGUGAUGCUUAAAUGAAAUAUUGAUCAUCGCUCCUAUUAGGACUACUA